CCGCAGUCUCGCCGUCAUUCGAGUGACGACGACCGGAGGUUCAACAUCGAAGGAGAAGUUUUUCUUCGUCAUUUCGAAAUCUUUAGCUAGAUAACACUAUAUUUGAUAUUCUUUCAGUCCUAUCUUUAUAUUGAUACUUUGUGAAACUCAUUUUGAGGAGUUUUCUACAUAGCUGUCGUUGCUUUUUUAAGAAGACCUAGCAGCUACAGUCGAACUGCCGUCGACAGAAAAGCUCGACUAUGGCUACACAGGUUGACUCUCACUCUGAUAUGGCACACGCUCGCCAAAGCGACGGCAUCAAUGUGAUCUUCGAUCAGAAAAGCCCAGGUUCUUCUCGAUCUCGCUCAAGAUCCGUUAGCAGCACCGCCAGCAGCCAGUCCACUGGUUCCGGCUACAGGCGAGAAAUCCGCCGGGGGCGCUACAGGUCUUCGUCCCGGUCAUCUUCAUCAUCAUCUUCUAGGAGCAGGUCCUCCUCUCGCUCCGGGUCCCGUUCCAGGUCCCGCUCCUACCCUCGCUGCCACAGACGUUCUUCCUGCUGUCGAUGUGAUGACCACCGCAGUUAUGGCGGCGACCGAUACCGUCGUUCCCCACCCCGGCGCUACAGGGCACACUCUCGCUCCUAUAGCCGGUCCCCAUCCCGCCGCUAUAGGGGAGGUUCUCGCUCCUACAGCCGAUCCCCACCACGCCGCUACAGGGUUCAUUCGCGCUCCCCCUCUUCAGAUAGAUAUUCCCGCCAUCGUAGAAACUACAGGUCCAGGUCCCGUUCUUGGUCUCCAGUAAGCUGGAGCAGGUACAGGAGACCAGUAAGCCAGCUGAGAUGCAGAUUCUCCCGCUCCCCUUCCAGGACCUACAGGGGGCGAUCACGAUCCAGGUCAUCCGGACGCUCUGUUAGUUUAAGCGUGCAUGACAAAAGGGAACUCCUGGAAGUAGCCAAGGCCAAUGCUAUGCGAAUGCUUGGAGUGGAGAAGCUGGACCUUCCUGAAAGUGUGAAGCCUAUCCUGUCAGACAAGCCAGAGGCCAGAGGAUCUUCCCCUGAGCCGUUCACAAGGGUGAGGCAUGGCUCCCAAAAAAUAGAGAUAACAUGACAGUGGUCUCCUUCACUCAUCGGCACCUGGGAUUAAAAGGCUGUCAUGUGACUUGGGUGACAACCAUAUUUGUUUGCGUUGACAUGUUAUUUGACUCUUUACAUGUGUAACUGUGUUAAUACAUGGAAUUGGCACGUACAGAUCACCUUAUACUUCAAUCCAGAUACAUACAUAUGCUUAUUACACACAAGCAUUAAGAUAUUUUAGUUGGGUGUUAGUUUUGUGCCAUUACAAUGUAUUUAUGCUUUCAGAUGAAAUGGGUUAUUGUUACUUAGCAGAAUCUGCCACUCGCUGAAGGAGCACAGGUGUGUGGACUGCAUUAAAAUGACAAUUCCUGUCAAGAGAACUCUUCUCCAUAUCCUAAAGAUAAGUUGGUACACAAGAUGUGUGCGGAGGGGCUGGGGAACCUGUGCCUUCACUGUUCCAUCACUCUCCCAGUUAAAAACAAACAAACUACUUUGUAUAUUUUUAUUUUAUAAAGCUUCAAGGACUGUCCCUUAUAUAAAUUUGAAGUAAUGAAGGGGCUGCAUUUUGAAAGUGCCA